CUGCAAGUGGUUCCGAAUCCUCGGCUGUGGGUUCGUUUUCGUCAGCCUUUGAGUAUGGAGCUACUUCGUCUUCCAGCAGCGGGGGCGCCUCAGACGCUGCUAGUGCUUCGUACAGGUUCGUUUCGUCCUCCGGUUCUGGGUCAUCUGAGACUGCUACAAGCGAACAGUACACCUACCACGAGAGCAUUACAUCGAGCAGCGCAGGUGAGGAGAUGGCACUAGCAGAGGGACUGAGGCAAAUGACUGCAGGAGGACCUGGAGUAGGUGAGCCUGAUCAAGCUCUCGUACGUCAUACUGUAGCUGAACCAAGUGAAGAUGGUCGCGAACACACUGCGGGGCAAGAAGCGCUGACUUCGGAAAUCGUCGCAACACUGUCUGACGACGACACGCAGUCUCAGCAACAUGCAGCGCUUUUUCGGGUUUUCAACACAAUAAAAGAGGAUGGCGUAGUACCUGUCGUAGAUGGGAGCAGGCUUUUGAAACAACAGCAGACGAAGCGUCA